UCGCCAGUGAUAUCAGCUGCUGAUCUAUCACCAAUUGGUCAAUGUCCUGGGCUGGAGAGCAAUUCACAGAGCAACCAUUGUUCUACAUUUUUUCUCUCGAAUACGUUGUGCUUACAUGCACCCCAGAUUCCUGUAGCUGAAUCGCGUGGCAGCAAGGCUACACAUGCACAUCUAUGUAUAGGCACUGUACCUGGUAUUCCGAAAUGCGGGGGUUACAAGUUCCCCGCUUAUUCCUCUUCUUGCAUACCAGGGACCUCGGAAAUACAUUCCCAGAAGCGCCGAGUCGACUGUUUAGAGAUGGGAGUUGAGCAGGAUUAGCUUUGGAGUAAAUAAUGCGCAUUUGUAUCAUACGAAGAGACAUCCUUUCAUCCUUUCCCUAGGAUCGGAACUCUGCAACCAAACCUUCAUAUUCAUCCAGAGUAGUACAAUGGCGGAUCAAAACGUGAGCAAGCUGGGCAUCGCCUCCGCUACCCUGAAAGCUAUGCUCGUAGCAUCCGGUCGCAUAUGGGUCUCCCCCUUCAAAGGCCAAACCGGCGCCCACAAUUACUACAAAGAUGUGCUCUUCAGCAUGAUGCGCUCCCAGCUCGGCAGCCUUGACACAGUCCAGCAACGCUACAUGAAUGGCACCAGCACACCAGCUUACCUAAAAUACGCUCAAGAAAACGGGUUCAGGCCAGAAAGCGUGACUCUCCCCGGCGGAGCACAAGCACACUGGCUAGGGAACAAAGACGCGAAGAAAGUGAUACUAUGGUAUCAUGGUGGAGGAUACGUAAUGCCCAUGCUCCCAGGCCACUUCCAGUACCUCACACAUCUCAAAGACGAGCUUUCAUCCACUGGCACUGAAGUCGCCGUCCUCUUCCUCGCAUACUCCCUCGCCCCAGAAUCAACCUAUCCAACUCAGCUCCGCGAAGCAGUUUCCUGCCUGCGGUACCUCGUUCACACCACGGGCCGCGCGCCACGCGAUAUAACGCUUGGAGGCGACUCCGCGGGCGGGAAUCUUGUAUUGGGCGUGCUUUCGCAUCUGGCGCACCCACAUCCUGAGAUUGGGGCGUUGCAGUUGCCGACAAAGUUGCAUGCUGCGUUAUUGAUGUCGCCGUGGUGUUCAUUCAACACGUAUACGCCUGCGUUUAGGACGAAUGCUGAGAAGGAUUGCUUCGAUCGGAGGGCGCUGAACAACUGGUCCAGUGCGUUUUUGGGUAGUGAUAGUCCUUUUGCUGGGGAUUUUUAUAAUGAGCCAGUAUUGGCGCCUGCGAACUGGUGGGAAAGAGUCGCAGACGUCAUUGAUGAGGUGCUGAUUUGGGGCGGUGAAAGCGAGGUUUUGAUUGAUAGCAUCGAGGAGUUUUCCAAGAGGUUUACCAAGGGGUUUGGUGGGAAAGGUGGGAGAGUGAAUACAGUGAUUACAGAAAAGGCAGCACACAUGGAGCCGAUAUUGGAGCUCUUGAUUGGGUACAAAGGGGAUAGUGGCACGGGAAGUAGAGGAGUCAUCAAGGACUGGGUGAGGGCAAAGUUAUGA